AAGAUAAUGUCAAAAAAGAGAAAAAUUAUAAACCAAAAUGGAAAAGCCAAAAUAUUAACGUAUAUAACAAAAAUGUGAAUUUGAUUUGAUGUGGAGUGCCAAUUCAAGAAUUUAGCUACAUUAACUUGUGCAUAUGUCGAAUCGAGGAAUUUUCGAGUUUUUAAUUCUUACAUUAGCUCCGGAAAGUUGAAUUUCGCCAUGGCGAAGUCUGAAAAUGCGAAAAAAGCCCCUAUACCCAAUCCCUCUAAGAUUCAUCCCAUCAUUCCCAGUAAUGAUCUUGAAAUCGAUCAGAGUUCGUACUCUCUCGAGAAAUUUCGCCUCUACGAAACCCGAGCUAGAUAUUACUUGAUCGGAAGUGAUAAGAACAAGAGGGCCUUUAGGGUUCUAAAGAUUGAUAGAAUGGAGCCCUCUGAUCUCAAUAUCAGUGAAGAUCCUGUGGUAUACACAUCACAAGAAGUCAAUAACUUGUUGCAUAGGAUAGAUGAGGGAAACCGAGCCACAGGUGGAUUGUCUUUCGUGGCCAAAGUCUAUGGCAUUGCUGGUUGUAUAAAGUUCCUGGAGUCAUAUUAUUUGGUGCUGGUUAGAAAACGGCGACAGAUUGGAUGUAUAUGUGGACAUGCAAUAUAUAGUAUAGAUGAAAGCCAAAUCAUUACCAUUCCGCACACGACAGUUCAAACUGACAUUGCUCAUUCAAAAACAGAGCUACGGUACAAGAAGCUAUUGUCUAGUGUUGACCUGACCAAAGAUUUUUUCUAUAGUUAUACAUACCCAAUUAUGCAAAGUUUGCAGAAAAAUGUGUUCUCAACCACUGACAAAGGGAUGCCUUAUGAAGACAUAUUUGUAUGGAAUGCUUUUCUCACACAGCCUAUUCGAUCAAGAUGCAAUAACACCAUGUGGACGGUUGCUUUGGUUCAUGGUCAUUUUAAGCAGACCAGGCUGUCAAUAUUUGGAAGGGACUUCAGUGUUACCUUGAUUUCUAGACGCUCCAGGCAUUUUGCAGGAACUCGUUAUUUGAAAAGGGGAGUCAAUGAUCAUGGAAGAGUUGCAAAUGAUGUUGAAACAGAACAAAUUGUCCUUGAUGAAGAGGCUGGGUCUUGCAAAGGGAAGAUGAGUUCUGUUAUCCAAAUGAGGGGUUCAAUUCCACUCUUCUGGUCACAGGAAGCGUCAAGAUUCAGCCCAAAACCUGAUAUUAUAUUGCAAAGGUACGACCCUACCUACGAGGCCACCAAAAUGCAUUUUGAAGACCUGGAAAGGAGAUACGGCAAUCCAAUUAUUGUACUAAAUCUGAUUAAGACUGUUGAAAAAAGACCUCGGGAGAUGAUGCUAAGGCGUGAAUUUGCUAAUGCAGUCGGAUAUCUGAACCAAAUUCUUCCAGAGGAAAACCAUCUAAGGUUUAUCCACUGGGACUUUCACAAGUUUGCUAAGAGCAAGUCUGCCAACGUCCUGGCGGUUUUGGGUGGUGUGGCCAGUGAAGCGCUUGAUUUAACUGGGUUUUACUACAGUGGAAAGCCUUCAGUUGUUAAGAAACGGGCUCACCAACUGAGCCGCACUAGCACCGCAAGGGAGUCUUCAUUCACAGAUUUAAGAUCCUCCUCAGGUGAUCUUGCAAGGAUUAAUAGUUGUAGUGAAACCUUGGCUUCAUUAACAAAACAAGAAAACGACUAUAACCAGCACAUCGGAAAAGACACUGACAGCCGUACAGCACCCCGGCUUCAAAGUGGCGUACUGCGCACCAACUGCAUUGACUGCUUGGACCGAACAAAUGUUGCUCAAUAUGCAUAUGGUCUGGCAGCUCUAGGUCGCCAACUCCAUGCCAUGGGUUUGACGGAUAACCCUAAAGUGGAUGCCGACAGUAGUAUUGCUGCAGCUCUUAUGGAUAUGUAUCAGAGCAUGGGUGAUGCCCUUGCUCAGCAGUAUGGUGGGUCUGCGGCUCACAACACGGUCUUCCCUGAGAGGCAGGGCAAGUGGAAAGCUACUACUCAGUCGAGGGAGUUUCUGAAGUCUAUUAAGAGAUACUACAGCAAUGCUUAUACUGAUGGAGAAAAACAGGAUGCCAUAAAUUUAUUCUUGGGCUACUUCCAGCCUCAAGAAGGGAAACCUGCACUGUGGGAGUUGGAUUCUGAUUACUAUCUACACGUGUCUGGUAUUGGAGAUGACCUUGAGAAGAGUUCCCUCUCUGAAGAUAAUAAUGGAGCCAAGGGCAGUAAGCUUGAACCCAUUCCAGCUUGUAGGGAGGACUUCUCACGUUUAAAAUUGACAUCUCUUGAUAAAUUGAUUGAAAGAACUUGCAGCUCAAUAAGGAAUGUUCGACUAUGUGGUGACACGGAUCAGAAAACUGGAAGUUUUGGGGUGGCUCCUGAUGCAGCUGAAAUACAGCUCAAGAGCCCAAAUUGGCUAUUUGGACAAAGGAAAUAUGAUACUACCUCUGCUCCGAAGGCGGCUGCUUAUGAGGUUGCAAAUGGGGAGUCUAGUGAGAAAAAGCGAGUUGAUGCGUUAUCUGACCUAAGUUGGCUAACCCCAAUGCCUGAGACGAAUGAUGAAGACUUAUUUCAAAGUUAUUUUGCUAUGACAUCGGUGAAUGAGGCAAAUGGCUGGUAUGGGGGCACAUUGCUUGGUGAUCUGGAUGAGAACAGCGAGAUCUAUCAACACUAUGCUGAACUUAUUCAGGGCCCUGCCAUGGAGCCCUUUGGAGAUGACAUCGAGAAGGAAAAGUAUUAUGCUGACCUCCUUGGCAAGGGCAAGGUUGAGACCAUGGAUGAUGCAGCUGCUGAAACAGAGAUGGAAGCUGCUCUCAAGGAGUAUGAGCAAGUUGGCGCAGAUCUUGGGAUUAUUCCAAACUCAUGCAAAGCUUUGGCUGUUGAUCCAAGUCAGGUAACACGAUGGAUCAUUGGGGAGGAAAGGAUGCAUAAGAUUUAAUAAUAAUUGCUAUGAAGGCUGCUCUAGGGCAUCCUAGUUCUUUUCCCUGUUGCCUGUUGAAAAUCUGUUGUGCCAUUGAACGAGACUAGAGCUCUGGUUCCUUUGACAAUCUUCGCAUAGUAGCUAGCUGUUUUGAUGUAAUACCCUUGCUGCUUUAGAUAGCCUGUGGUUUAAUGGGGCUAAUAUCUCCUUUGCAGCAAAUGUAUAUAUUUCCCGUACAGUGUUGUGGCCGGUAUGAAUUUUUUUUUGUAGAAGUAAAUUAUACAAUCUCUCCAUUCUAAUAUACCUCUAGAAAGCAAAAUUUCCCAUCUCUGUCUCCCAACUCCUACCCGAGUAACUGUUAUUGAAUUUGUC